AAAAGAAGAGGAGCAGCCCAGCAAACCCAUCACAUCUCACGUAUUGAAUUAGUCUUCGCCCUCGUUAUUUGACUUAGAACUCGUGACGCGCAAUUCAAUUCGCAGUUCACAUCUCUCUGCUUUUUGUGGCUGUUUCCUCUCUCGAAUUCUCCAAGGAGGGCCACUUCCUCUCUUCCCUUUUUGGCCAUCGCCACGCCCGAAGUUUCUUCCCCGCGAUCAUUUCACGGGCGGUCUCCAAAAGAACUUUCCCAGAUCUCGUGAAAGUCAAAAACAGAAUUCCUCUGUUCUCAUCGCCUGCUCUGCUAGGCCGACGAUCCAUCCGAGUUCUUGUUUUGUUCUCGCAAGCAUUGUCUUUCUAACGGGUAACUCAGUGCGGAGAAACAGAGUGCUGUUCGAUUGGGCGGGAUCGUGUCGUGAUUCUGAUUGGCUUCAGUGUAUAAGAAUCACAGAGAUCAUUUGACGGUGCCAAACUUGUGCUCUGUUUUUCUAAUGGAGCCUGCAGCAGAACCUUCCCCUUCCAGCUCAUUCAGCUGGUUCGAUUUCGCCUGUUUUCCGAUGGGCUGCGCGAGCUCGAAGCAAAAGCGAUGUCGGCACUGCAGCGCGCCAUACUCGCCUGUGCGUCGGAGCUAUUCGAUCCACGGCGAUCGUCUGCCUCAGUGCAUAGAUGAUAGCUACCAUCUCGUUGCUCUUAAAUCUAGCACCCUCGGCUCUCUCAAGCUUGACCCUUCUUAUCAAAUCACCACCCCCAUGGAGAAGGUGAUGGUGGUCGAUGGUGGUGACCACAAGAUGUGCAAUGGGAAUAGUGUCAUCGAAAACGAUGUGAAGGAGUUCACAAUGGGACUGAUCGAGGCAAAGACUUGGUCGAACAUGAUCGAAGAGAAAAUCCCAAAAGUCGACCCAAGAACGCCAAUUAGGACUCCUCCCGGCGAGCCGGAGAUGAUCAAUACGUGGGAGUUGAUGGAAGGCCUGGAGGACACAAGCCCUUUCCGGUCGCCGAAUCACAUAAGGAGCUUUUCUUUCGAUGUGGUCAGGAGUCCAGUUCAUGCCCCAACGGAUCGUCCUAAAUCAAGGUUUCAAGAGAAUGGCACGGUUUCCCCGAAGCCCAUGUGGCUGCAAAUCGCUGAUGGCAACGGAUUGGGCUCCGAGGAUGUGGUUGCGGGUUUCGAUCCUGAAGUCAUCUCCACCUUCAGGAAGUCACUUGAAGAGCUCUCACCUGAUCAUCCGUUUCAUAUGCAGUCAUUGAAUAAUCAGGAACAACCGUCCAUGGCCAGCCACGAUUCAUUGCAUAAGGAAGCCACUGAAACUCAAGUAGCAAAUGGGAUUGACCACAAGCGUUGGCCAGGUGGAAAGGAGAAGGUGAUCGUCUACUUUACAAGCCUUCGAGGGGUCAGGAAGACAUACGAGGAUUGCUGUCAUGUUAGAGUCAUCUUGAAAGGCAUCGGUGUCCGUGUUGACGAGCGAGACAUGUCAAUGCAUUCUGGGUUCAAGGAAGAACUGAGAGAGCUAUUGGGCGAUGGGGCUUGUGGAGGUGGAUUGCCGAGGGUGUUCGUGGGAAGCAAUUACAUUGGCGGUGCUGAGGAAAUUCGGCGUAUGCAUGAAGAAGGACAGCUUGAGAAAUUUCUCAAGAACUGCGAAAUGGUGGAUGAUGGUGGCAGUGGUAAUGGUAACAGCGGUGCCUGUGAGGCAUGCGGUGAUAUUAGGUUUGUGCCUUGUGAGAGGUGUUCCGGCAGUUGCAAGAUAUAUUACGACGGAACCAGUGAAGAAGAUGCGGAAGAAGAGGGAGACGGGUAUGGGUUCCAACGUUGCCCGGAUUGCAACGAGAACGGUCUUAUACGGUGCCCGAUAUGUUGCUAUUAGCUUCCGGUGGCGACGACAACAUAUAGUCCCACACACAUAUUUGCAAAUUUUGAGUGUUCGAGUGAAUUCUUGUACAGAGAGAAGAUGCUAGUUUUUUUUAAGGAAGAUUACACGGGGAAAAAAUUGUCAGAGGUUGAUCUUCUAAUCACAUGACUUGUGCAAUUUUCCUUUUCUAUUUUGUGUGGCAGAGAGGCUCUAUGUUUUUACCAAAAAGGAGGUUUGUACACUUCCUUUCAUUACCCAAAAAUUUCCAGCUAAUAAUGCAUAAAAAAGUUGGAUGA